AGUAUCCUUUGGACACACGAGUGAUGGACGAGUCUCCGUACUCACGCCGAAGUUAAAUACGGGAUUUAUUCGGGAGCCGUUUUUCUCUCUCGACUGGAUUUCUUCGAAGUGAGAGGAGGUAAAAAAAAACCCGCCUACGGUUGUUGACCCGCAGCGUACGCAGAUCCUGAAUUAUAGACGUGAUUACUGAAUGGCAGCCGGUUUGGGUUUACCAAGAAUCGAUCGAUGAGAACUACGGCUGGAUGAAAACAGCGAGCCUUUAACUCCGAGAGGACCGCUCUCUGCCAUCUCAAGACUCCACUAACGGAUCGAAUGACCAUGUGGACGUUAGCGUCAGCUGUCUGCUCUCCUAUGGCUGCUGUGCUGCUAUUGGCCAGCUGCCUCCACUCAGCGAUGGCUGCUGCUGAUGAUGUCACGCCACGCAUCAGUUUCCCAUACAAUGCAAAGGAGAGGUCGGCCAAGAAAUUCUCUGUGGAUGGCGUCUUCAAUUACACCUCGCUGUUGCUCAGCCAGGAGGACGAUAUGCUGUAUGUUGGAGCCAGGGAGGCUCUUUUUGCCCUCAGCCUUUCAGACAUCAGCAAGACCAAACUGCAGAAAAAUUUGACAUGGGGCACUCCUGCUGGAAAGAGAGAGGAGUGCAGCUUUAAAGGGAAGAAUCUACAGACUGAUUGCUUCAACUACAUCAAGAUUCUGCUGCGGCUAAACAGCACUCAUCUUUAUGUGUGCGGCACCUAUGCCUUCAGUCCCAUCUGUGCCUACAUAAACACGUCGACAUUCUCGCUGGAGAAAGACGAGAUGGGUGAAGUCGCGAUGGAGGAUGGGCGCAGCCGGUGCCCCUUCAAUCCAGAGUACAAAUCCACUGCCAUCAUAGUUGAUGGAGAGUUGUACGCUGGCACUGUCAGCAACUUCCAGGGUAAUGAACCUGUAAUUUACAAGAGUCUGGGGCAGGGCACGGCCUUGAAGACAGAAAACUCUUUAAACUGGCUGCAAGAUCCAGUCUUUGUUGGGUCGGCUUACAUCGAGGAGAGUCAGCCGGCUGGUAACCCGGUGGGUGACGACGACAAGAUAUACUUCUUCUUUAGUGAGGCGGGAAAAGAAUUCGACUUCUUCGACAACACCAUUGUGUCGAGGAUCGCUCGCGUGUGUAAGGGUGACAAGGGAGGCGAGAGGGUGCUGCAGAAGAAGUGGACCACCUUCCUGAAGGCUCAGCUCCUGUGUUCCCUCCCUGAUGACGGCUUCCCCUUUAACAUCAUCCAAGACAUGUUUGUCCUGAAGCCCACAGGAGACAGCUGGGAGAACACUGUUUUCUACGGGGUCUUCACCUCUCAGUGGUAUAAAGGAGCGUCAGGCAGCUCGGCAGUGUGUGCUUUCACCAUGGCCCAGGUGGAAAGAGUCUUCAGCGGGCGCUACCGAGAGGUGAACAGGGAGACCCAGCAGUGGUACACCUACAACCAUCCAGUCCCAGAACCACGGCCUGGGGCGUGUGUGACAAACCACGCUCGGCAAAUGGGCAUCCACUCAUCCUUACACAUGCCCGAUAAGGUGCUCAACUUUGUCAAGGACCACUUCCUGAUGGACAGUGUGAUCCGCAGUCCUCCGCUGCUUCUGAAGCGCAGCGUGCGUUACACACAGAUCGCCGUGCACAAGAUCCAGGGCAUGGAGAGGGCCUACGACGUCCUCUUCAUUGGGACAGAUGAUGGGAAGCUACAUAAGGCCAUCAACACCAAUGACAAAAUGCACAUUAUAGAAGAAAUGGUUCUGUUUCCUAAGCCUCAGCCAGUGCAGCAUAUUGAACUGGAUCCUCAGAGGGGCUUACUGUUUGUGUCGUCCUAUUCUGGUCUUGUGGAAGUACCUGUGGCGAAUUGUUCAAACUACCAGAGUUGUGGAGAGUGUGUUUUAUCCAGAGACCCUUACUGCGCAUGGACUGGACGGCUCUGUCGGGACGUCAGGAUGGCUCCACCCGAUAGCCACUGGCAGCAGGAUGUGGAAGAUGCUGACACCUCGGCUAUUUGCAACAGAACGUUUCCCAGCCCGCGUUCCACCAGAUUGUCAGCCUCCCGUGGUUCCCGAUGCCAGCUCGUAACCAUCCAAGCCAACACCUUUAGAGUCCUGCCCUGCAAACUUCGAUCCAACCUGGCACAGAGGAAAUGGCGCUACAGCGAGAGCGCCAGCCAGUUCCUCUACGCCACGCCCGAGGGUAACCUGGUAGUGGUGGCGCAGGGUGAUAGGCUGGAGACCUAUGAGUGCUGGUCAGAGGAAGAGGGUUUCCGCCAGUUGUUGGCCAACUACUGCAUAAGGGCAGAGCCCCGCCAGGAGAGCACCACAAUGAUUGGCCACUCACGUACACCGCAUAUUGAACAUGAGGAGACCAUCAUCCUGCCCGGCGAGUCGCGAUCGACGCAGAUCCACACCAAGACCUACUGGAAUGAGCUGAUUGGGGUUUGCGCUCUGUUGGCAUUUUCUCUGGUGGUGUUUUCCUUGUUCGUUGUCUACAGAAACCGGGACCGUAUGAAGUCCAUGCUGAAGCAGGGUGAAUGCCCCAACAUGCAGCAGAAGAAGCCAAGGAUAGUGGGAAAGCCUGCUGAGAGCUUGCCCCUCAACGGCAACACUAUUCCAGUCUCCACUUCUGAUCACAAGGGCUACCAGACGCUGAAUGACAACUAUAUCUGCAGCACGCCGACCCACGAGUCCUCGCCAGACAACAGUAAGAGUUUCUCCGAGUCAUCAGACAGGCGGCCACUCAACUUGAAGGAGAGCCACGUGGAAUACUCCCCCACCUGCCCCCGGCCCAGAGUAAGGUUAGGCUCUGAGAUUAAAGACUCUAUCGUGUGAGAGCACACACGGAUGCUCCAGAUGUUACCCUGUAUCUCUAUGGGGGGGGGUACAGGCUGAAGGAGAGGAGAUGUCUCGCAUCACGUUACUCCUACAUCACAGCACAUCUCUUUUGUUCCCGUGUCAUCUUUGUUCUGUGAUCAGUACGGAGUUCAUUUUCUUUAGCCACUUCCACUCCUACGCCAAGCGACUGGUUGUCUUACGUAUCGGUCGAAAAGUCCUGUUGUAUGGGUGAGAAAACGGCACGGUGUUCCUGUUUCAACCAGGAUCAGUGAACCAUGGCAGCUGAUUAGAAUAGUUUUAACACAGUAGUUAUAGCACACUUCGUUUGCUUGAGUAUUUCUCCUCGUCGGUCACUAGUGGAAUAUGUGCAUGUGAGCCUGUGUGUUCAUCCACAUACCUGUGCGCGCCCUGCAGAAGAUGACCGUCCUCUGUUUUUAAGCGGACGGGUCACGAAAACCAUGUUACAUAUGUCAUGUUUCUUCACCAAGACCUCACAUAUGGGAGAAUUUAAUUCCUUCAGCCCUUCCAUGAUGAUCUCCACAUGAUCCAAGCAAGUCAGAAGCACAUUGGUUUCUCUUGUUUGCUGUAGAAAUGUCCGACUGCAUUAGACUAAUGGUGACGAAAGAGAAAGAUCCGGCAGACCAAGAGACAGGGCCUCACUUUGGUUAGACGAAGCCUUUUUCAUCCUUCGGAACUAAAAUGAAGAAAGCAGACACUUGGCCAUCGUUCAACAAAUGUUAUCAGAAAUGUUGUUCCAGGGCUCGAGUUUUCCUCCUGGAAGCAUGCCGAUCUUCAGUUGGACUUUCCCAUUCAUUAGAUACAGCAACUGUAUCAUGAACAUUGCAAGGAAAAAAAACGUUUUCAGUUUUUUUCUGUUUGUUUUUCUUUAAUCGAAGAACACCUCUACUCAUCUGAAGUAGACCAGUCUUCAGUGUUAUACUGUAGAGGCAAUAUCGUCAUGGGUUAUUGAGUCAAAUUUGACAGAUGCUCUUUCUCUGAGGCAAAUUUGACUGAGAAAUGUAUCAGAGAGACUCGGAGAACAUUCUAGUUAGGCAAGGAGGGUAUAAGAUAUAGCCAAGGAGAACAGCAGUACCCACAGGUAUAUCAUGUCCACGGCAGCACCAAAAUCAAAAUGCGUACUGUGCCAAAAAUGAUCUUGAUUGUCUGAUUUAAAUGCAAUAUUACCAUUCUUGUAUGACCACUCCGUCUCAUGCCUUCUGUUAGCGUUGAUCACUAUCGAAAACUGCCCAGGUUGCUUCACCAGAAUUGGGCUUCACAGAAGUAUCUAAAAAGCUAAAAAUCUGUUGCAUCCAUCCAAAACUGCAAGGAAUUUAACAGGAUUGGCGAAUUCAAAAGACAAAUACGUUUUGAAUUCGAGCGUGAGCAAAAUGGAUGCUAAUAGGAUGCUGAAAAACGUGACAAUGGGAAGAGACCCAUACAGCUUCACCGGGUUAAUGGUUGACAUAUAAUUUUGAAAUGUUGGCAUCUCUCUCUUUGUUGGAAAACUCAUCCGUUAGUUGACAUUCAAAUGUUAUUUGCAUGGUUAGCAUUUCAAAAUGGCACUAAUAGGCAAUUCUAGCUGCAAACUAUUAAGGUGGCAAAGACUGAUAUUAAUAAUGUGAACAAUACUGACAUGCCCUCAGUAGUAUUACAGAUUUGUUUUUGUUUGUUGUUUUUUCCUCAAUAGGAGAAGUGCCUGGCAGUUAAAAAAAAUACUUCAAGAAUUAAAAUGGCGAGGAAUAUGUUGAGAUCUAAAUAUAAUUUCACUGCAGAGAUUGGUAAAACUGAACCAGGUCGGCUGUAGUUGGGUGGGGGGGAUUUUUUUUUCCAACUUGUUAGUCCAGACUGCAGUUGUUGUAUCUCGGGAGGCAGGUGUGUAAAGCUCUGUAUCACCUGAGCCUAAUCAGUCCCGGUUGCAUUUCUGCAACACAUGCAUUAACCACUCUCAUUACCAAGACGAGGCCAUGGAAAAUGUGAAAGCACAAGUGAUCUAGGCGUUGAACACUAUCAGGUUCUUUGCACAUUUCAAUAAGAUUUUUUUGGAUUUAGAGCAGGAGAGCAUUUUUAGAAACAUGACUACUGAGAAAUAAAGGGUCUGACUGAUCAAGAGAAGGAGGUGUUGUAAAAUUUAAUUGUUAUUAUGACAGGGACCAUUGCAGCCGUUACAAACACUAAUAUUGCAAACACAUUUGCUGACAAUUUGUCGAGACUUAAAAAUCAGAUUUUCCAAAGAUGUAGGAAGCUGUAUUUAUUGUAUGCUCUAUUUCUGAGGUAAAUGCAUUUCCAGGGCCAUAAAGUCAACGUGGCAGCAUAUAUAUGUUGUGGAAUGUAUCACCACUUCACUGUAUUGACCAAGUUAGCCUGCAGUAUGUACUCUUAACAUCAUACAGAAUAAAUAUUUUAUUAUAUUGAACACUGAGGAAAUGACAUAAAGCUAUGUCUGCUAAAAAGUUGACAAAGUAAUUGCACAGAAAGCAUACUGCGCAAUAGUGGUCAGUGUUUCUGUUUUGUUUUUUUGUUGUUUUUUUUUGUUACAGUUUUUGUCUUGUAUAUAUCUGUAAUUGUGUAUUUUUAAGGGACCUUGUGCAAGAUGUGUUGUAGCGAGAGUUUUGAAACUACAGAGUGCACACUGCUGAUUUUAUUUUAUUUUUUAUUUUGUUUUCAUAGUGCUUUACUGCCUUGCCUACUCCAGCUUACAUUUUCCCUCUUGUACAAAACAUCACAUACUCGUCAGUUCAAUUCCCGGGCUUGCAUUUAUCAAGCAUGUCAGAGUUGGCAUUUUAUCAAUUUAACUUUUUAUGUGAUAUCAAUCUGUCUUAAUUCUAAUCCUGUACGUUUUCACUGGCCGACCGGCUUGGAUAAAAACGAGGGAUGCAGUCACUUUUCAAACACGUCUGAAAUACACAGGUUCUGUCGGCCACGGUGAAGUUCACCACACUGAAAGGUACGAGUCCGUAGCAAGCCUGUGGUUUGACGCCUGAGCUGAAACCACUUAUACGCUUGCGUAGCACGCACAGUUGAGUCCCUUGGUUAAUAAUGAAUGAGGAGGUCGCCUACCUUGAGAUGCUUGAUAGAUAAAGGCCGCAGCACAUUUUCAAAAUGCCUUUGGAAGUAACUUUGUUCUGCCUUCAGCCAUGUGCCACAUUUUACACCACUCAGCAAUGACCUCACCAACGGCAGUGCGGUGAAAGGCUUGAUUGUAGCCCUUCGUGGGCACACUUAACUCACCUCACUGCUACGCAACACGGGUUGACCGCAGAAUGGAUCCACCUUAGCCACCCUGCAAACUACCUGCAACCGACAACACUGGGAGCUGCUCAAAUACGCUUCUCCUUUCAAAACCUUCUGCUUCUGUCGGUUACUCCCCUCUCUGAGCACAGUUUUAGCUAUUUGCCAGUCUUGCACGGAGACGCAAAUGUUGCAGUACAACACUACUUUGUUCAUUUGGCUUCGUUGACUGUGUCAAGAGGUAAAGUAGAAAUGAGACACAUGCGUUCAGUUUAAAAAGCAGUAAAGAAUAAUAUCAAGACGAUUAAUGUUUUUUUUUUUAAAGGUUGAGUUUUGAGCAGCUCUCCAGUAAUUGCAACAUAUUGUACUGUACAUGAAUGUAGCCAAGUGAUAUAUAAUAGAUCACAUAUUUUGCAGAACAUCAAGGUUACACAAGUCUAUUUUCUUAAAAAGCCUUAAAAAGUAGGCAAUCCAUUACUUUAGUUUUUUUUUUGCAAUGGUCACACAAGGAAACGGCACACUAGAAAAAAGCAAAACUGGUCAUUUCGUUCGCUGUGUCAUGUGUUAUGGUCAAAUGCAAGCACAGCUCCAGAUACUCCAUGUCGGCCAUGAGACACGGCAGCAACGGCUUUGCCUCAGCAUUGUGACAAUACUGAACACCAUAAGCUUAGUUGAUUGAAGAACUAUUAGACUAAUGUGGUCUCGUAAACCUGCAUGAAAAUUUGUUUUUUAUUGAAUCUGUUGAGUACAAAAAAUGUUGUGAACUGUAUUUUUUGUAUCAUACAUUGAUAUUGUGAUUGUUGUUUUUAUUAUAUUGUAAAUAAAAAGCACUUUAUUUUAAUUUUCUAAGAAAUUAAUAAAAUACAUGUUAUAAAA